AUCCAACUCCAAAUACUAACAUCCCGCAUCGGCGUAAACAGAACAGUCUCCUGAGCACCUGGUCAUAGUUCGAGAAUGUUGCUAGGCUCGGGCUCCGGCGUCGCGACGCGCCCGGCGCCGGUCCCACGUGGCGGUGCCGCCCACGCCCGCCCCUCGCCGCCGCAACCGCCCUCCCACCUCCCAUUGAGAAGUCAUUUUUCACCCCCUGAAUCUGAUAAACCCCCGGGCACCGCGCGGGGCUCCCCCGCCCCGAACUAAUUUGCCAGAGUCGUACGACACACCCCCGGUGCUUACAUCCAUCUACAAUAUUACUCCAGCACGUUAUCCCGUUCGCGAGGGCACUUCGUUUCUACUCAUCUGGUAUCGUUGUGAAGAAAGGGAGAACUGAAAUUAUAGCCUUGAAGGGCUUUGUUAAUGAAAAUCUAUUUUUUUUUUGUGAAAAGAGCCCAUAGAUACAAAAUUCUCGCACUAAAACUUAUUUUAGUCCUAGUCUGAGACAUAUUGUAAAGAAAAGGCUUAAUUAUCUGAGGUAAGAAUUGAUUAUGACAGUGAUUUUGAGACUGAAAUGUCAUUCUUUGUCAUACUUACACAAAUUUUAUGAUUCCUUUAUUAUUCAUGUAUAUUAGUUAUCUGUAAUGAGUUUAGCAAGAUUUCCUUUUCAAAAUGUAAAUUCCGCAGAAUGUGAACUUUAUCAACCAGACAAUGUUUUUAAAAGGUUCAAAGUUGUAGAGUUUCCAAUAUCAUUUGUUGGAUUAUUCACCACACAGCUUUUAGAUGUGGAAGUGAACUUACAAACUUCUGCUUUUUUAAAAACAAUGUGCAAUGGGAAAUUAAUGAAAUUUGAAGAUGCACGAGAAUUAUCUGCAUCACAUCGAGCUUUUGAAAUAAACCAUGUAGAUGAACAUACUAUAGCUAUAACAUUCAAACCAAACAAUGAAAGCAUCUCUAGAUUAAAGAGAGCAAAACAAAUGGACAACAGAUUUGUAUUCGAUUUGAGACUGAUUAAAAUAGAUGGCACUAUCUGUUGUGAAAAUGAAAUACAUUCAGAAAUUGGUCGAUAUUAUAUUUGUGGCGAGUUUGAAUAUUGUAACAUCAGUCAUGAACCAAAUAUUAUAAAUUUCGGUGAAGUAGAAGUGAAUACUAAAGCAACAAGAAAAAUUCGUCUUCAAAAUAGAUCAACACUUGUAGCUGCUAAAAUAGAAUACAAUAAAGUUACUAGUAUUGUUGUAACUCCAGAGAAAUUUACAAUACCUCCCAAUUCUUCAAAGAAAUUACACGUAACUAUAAAACCUACAUGCUUAAAAGUAUGUAAUGAACUAUCUUUCAGCAUAAUGAAUCCACACAACUCAAUUGAAAUGCCCUAUCAUUUGAAUAACAAUUUCAUGAUAUAUACUAUAAAAUGUUCACUAAGCGCUAAAUUUCAUGUCAACCUUAAAAUACCAGAUAUAGAAUCACUGCAUAAGAUUAAUGAGAAGAAUCCAGUAUACACAUAUCUAGGUGAAGAAGCAGAUAUUCAUAAUAAAAGACAAGCUUUGGCAUUCAAAUAUUUAGAAAUUUCAAAAUUAUUACAUUAUCAAAAACCUAUCGUUGAAAAAUUUUGCAGCGGAAAAGAUAAAUGUAACAGUGAGACAUUACAACCAAAUAGAAAGAAACCAAAAUUUUUUUGCAGAAUCAAACGUCCGAGAUUGACAACAUAUGGAUUAACUGAUGUUUCUUUUAUUCCAUUUGUUAUUGACUUUGGUAGAGUUGCUUUGUAUACGUACGGCGAAAAUGAGAUGACAAUAAAAAAUAACAGUAGAUUUGAUAUAAGUGUCAAUUUGCUGAAAGAUGAAUAUAUUCUUUAUACGAUCGAAAAAAAUACUGAUUUAAUACUACAGCUUAAAUCAUUCACAGAAAUAACUAUCAAAAUAUUUUGUUUAGGUUUUGUAGAAGGAAAUCAUAAAAAAACAUUUCAUUACACUAUAGACAAUAAAUAUUCUAGGAAGCAUCCUUAUUUUCUACAAGUAGGAAACCCGACAUUAUUGGUACUGGAAAAAAGUUUGAAAUUUGGAAUGGUAACAACUGAAAGCUUCGUAACAUCCGUUCCAAUUAAAAUUCAUAACUGGUUUAAUGUUCCUGUAGAUUAUGAAUGGGACGAAUUAACUGCCGAUAUUCCUUUUGAAAUUAUCCCCCGUACUGGAAGUAUACCUAGCCAUAGUUGUAAAGUAUGUGAUGUUGUUUAUAACCUCAAACCUUCGAAAACUAAAACACAUGAAGUGGAUUUCGUCUCAAUAAGUAAAGUAAGGAAAGUAAUCCCUAUAGAACUCAGUGUUAUCACGAGAAAAAUUUCAAUAAAAUUUUUGCAACAAGCAGUUAUUUUUAAAGAUAUUGCUUUAAACUUGGAAACAGUUGAACGGGUGAAGUUAGAAAAUUCAUCUCGUGAAAUAGCAGUAUUUCAUAUAGUAGAACCUCUCAUACCAGGUCUGACUAUCAUACCUAUGGCUGGAACUAUAAGACCAAAAACUAUAAUGGUCUUUGAUAUUAUCAUCAAAAUAGCAUGUGUAUUAGAAUUUUCUUUUGAUGUUUAUUUGAAAAUUAACAACAAAGAGAAUGUAGUAUUACCUGUUAGUGGUAAUGUAAUAGAACCAAAGUUGAUUAUUCAUCCAAAGCUUAUUUAUAUGGCGCGUGUUCCAUGUGGUAUGAUCACUUAUGUUCCAGUAACUUUUCAAAAUCUUAGCUCACUUAAUACAAUUGUCGAGGUGUUAGACACUGGAGAUGAAAACAUAUUCGGAUUAUAUGCAGCCAAUGGAAACGACAAACAAAAAGUACUAGAAUUUCAUGUUGAAGGAGGACAAUCCAAAACUAUGUUUAUAAAAGUUUAUGAUGUAUUUCGUAGAGAAUAUGAGAUGUACAUGCCCUUUAAAAUCAAUGGGUUACUAGGUCCACCAGAUUAUAAUAUUCCUGGAUCAACAGAAUUACAAUAUUAUAUUGGAGAAAGUGAACAGCAAUAUGAAAACAAUCCAAAAGUUAAAUUAAAAACCAUUAACAAGGAUAUAAGUUACUGUCGCAUCGCUGGCGUCAUAACCGUACCAUGGAUAGAAUUUUCCGAAGAAAACUUUGAAAUUGAUUACGCUGUCGACAGUAAAAACAUAAUUGAUUUCACAAUAAAGAAUGUAUCAAAAUAUUAUUUGUAUGUUACAGUUAUAACAGCAAAGCUGACACCUAAUUUUACUCUCAAAUUAACUACAGAGGAAAAUCAAUGUACAGUCAAUGACACAAGCAUAAAAUUUGAGUUUGACAGAAAUAAAGAAGCUGGUUUUCGUUUAAAAUUUCAUCCAAAAGGACAUGGAAAAUUUAUUUCAACUGCAAUAUUAUUUUUAGACAAGUAUAUGACUAUCCCAUAUAGUAAUUUAACAUUUGUUGGAAUUCGGCAAACACCAACUAUGAACCCAAGCACGCAUCGUAUCAUAUUUGCACCUUGUCGGGUUGGGAGUACAUUGACGCAAAGUUUCUAUUUAACAAUUGAAAUAGAAUCAGAUAGACGUUCAUUUUCUUGCAGCUCCAGAGAAGAACCAAAUUUAAGAGUCGCAUUUAUAGAAGCUGAAGUAGUACUUUCACAUGAUGUGUAUCAUACGCAAGUCAAAGUGGAAAUCAGUGUAUCUUGUCAGUCUACAUACGCAAGACAUUUAACGAUAACAUUUCACCAUGAAUGUGGUUCUUGCUGUGAGGUGGAAGUCAGCUUCGUUUUCACAUAUUGUCCGAUAACAUUGCAUACUGAAUCACUAGUUGAACCAGUUAAUAAUCCAUACCCAUAUUUUCCUUUGAAGCAACAACAGGAUCUCUUUGAGUAUUUGGAAAAAUGUUCUAAUUUUUUAGAGAAAUGGAUGUUUCAACAAGGAUUCCGUAGAGACUUAUACCCAGUUAUUCCAGAUACAUUUCAUGCUAUUUCAUCAUCUCUGUGCUCCCAACCAAGUGGUGGAAAAAGUAAAGGAAUGAAUGUAUCAUAUUUGAAUUUUGUUAGACGCAUUGCCGGACCAUUGAUGAAACAUGUAAGAAAGAUAACGCUGCAUGGUGUUGAAGAUCCGUUCAAAACUAUCCAAGAAAUUCAUGAUACAUAUAGAGAAGUUAUAAAUUUAAUUCGAAAUCGUGGUGCCAAUUUAUGGACCUUGCAGGCAAAAUUUCUUCUGAGUUACGAACAGUUUGUUAUAUAUUCCGAAAAUAUUACUCCAAAACGUACUACUGAUAUAGUGUUAAUAAAAGAAUUAAUUGAUGAUAUAAAUUUAUUCAACAGACUUAACAAACAAAGUUGGAUUGACUUCAUUUUGCAAAGUUAUAAAGUGUUCGUCAUGGAUAGCUGUUUUUUUGAAUGUGUAUGUGUAACUUCUAUGCCUAGGGAUAUAGUUCAAGUUUUGGUAGAUUGGUUUAAUGAACAGAUUGCUUUACAUCACAAUAAAUUGAAAGUCAAAGACAAACCAUCUAAAGUCAUUACGAAUAUAUGCUCAGAUUUGUCUGACGGAACUGCUUUAGCAUCAGCAAUAUUAAACUAUUGUCCAUUUAUGUCUGAUCAUUUUCAGCAUUUUUCUGAAAUUAAAGAAAUUGUUACUGAAGGUGACAUAAUAAAUAACGCGUGUUUAAUAAUAGAAGCUUUGAAUAUACUUAAACUCUAUUUUCCAUUGGGCAGUAAAGAUUUUCUACAACCUAUAUUUUUACAAAUGCUUUUCUUGUCUAUUCAUUUAUAUGUCACUUUACCAAUGUUUACACCCAAAGAUAACAUUGUUUUUAAUCCUCCUUUAUUAAGAAGCUCUACUCGCCAGGUAGCCAUAUCGACAUCUAGCCAAGAAACAUUAAUAUAUAAUUUUAUGAUAUUGAACAGCAACCCUCAUAACUUUAUAGUUGAAAAAGUUCCAACUGCAGAAAAUGGGAAAAAAAUGUAUCUGAAUGUUAAAUAUACUGCCAAUUUUGUAAAUGAUGAGACAUGUGUUCUUCUAGUUCACGGCUAUAACAAAACUAGAAUAUUUGACACAUAUAUAAUAUUUUUACUCAAUGGAAGCGUAGGAUCGUUAAACCCAGUCAGAAAAUCUAGAGUAACUGGACCUCUUUAUCGGCCUGUUAAAGUUGAUGUGUUGGUCUCCUCGCCGUUUAUGUUAUCAUCAACGUUCGAUGUAACCCUGACAGAUGAAGAGCCUGUUAUCCCUGUAAAAUUUGAAGAAAAUCCAGCUGUAUUAAAAAGAAAAAGAUUUUACAUUAUGCGACUUAAUCUAAUUGAUAAAGAAAUUUCUUUGACUGGUUUACCAAAAGAAAGUGGACAAGACGUUAUCGAACACAAACUAUACAUACAAAUGAUAUGCCUUAGUACACAGGUUUCAAAUUCAUGGAUUUGGUUUCGGGGUGAAAUUGGUGAAUUUUUUAUUCGUGUAACAUCUCAGCCUCGCUGGGAUCUGGCUAUUGAUACACUGCAAGCGAAAGUGAGCUCUUGGCCAAUCGAUCCUUGCAGUUGCGGGGAAUCAUGCGAAUGUUAUCGGACAACAGUUCUUAUGAUACCUCAUCGGAAUGAGCUUAUGAUUAGAUCUUUGCGACAUGCGCUACUUGAACACGCAUCAGCAGUUAUGAUGCAAGUUUUCGACCAAUUAAUAGAGACCGCUACGGGAAAGAUUAUUUUAGGGAUGUUGUUUGCCGAAGGCGGUACAAACAUGUCAGAUAUUCAACACAUCCUGCGAAGCGAAGCCUCUUAUCGGAUCACUUCGCGGACUCUCGAACCUCGAAUCGACCACGUCAAAUUGGCUCAACAUACUUUAUCUACGCUGCCUCUGCUAGUCACAAUACCAGUUCACGACAAGGCAGAGAAGUACUCUGUAACAUUCACGUCAGACUGUGGGAUGGACAUAAGAACCUAUAAAAUUAUCUUUAUAGAGAACUCAGAAAAUGCAGAUCAAACUCAAGAAUCUGGUUAGAUUUUUUUUUGUCUGUAAUGGCCUUAUAUUUCAUAAAUGCCUAUUUGAUUCGAAUGCUGUUUAGUUGAUGUUUUGUCUUGUAAUUCUUGACUUCUCGUCAAGAAGUCUAAUUAAACAUAUUUUUAUCAUAUAGACUUUUAUGUAUGAUUUUAGGUUACUAUAAUGUAUUUUUUAUCUAUUGGAUUCUAUUAUACUUAUCUUUAAUUAUUUUUAGCGGUUAUUUUAUUCUGUGGUGAUAAAUUUAAAUUAAUUAUCUGUUUCUUGCUUUUUGACUAUUAAUUUUCUGUAUUGAAAUAAUUAAAGGUGUUAACUUAAAUAA